AUGGCGCGUGCUGCAUCAACAGCUGCAGCCGACGCGAAGAAGAAAACCGUUCGAAAGGCUACACCAGCCAGACCAACCGCGACCACACCAACCAACUUUGAUUCGGAUGAUACGGACGAUGAGUUGGGCUUCAUUGCCACUAAGCCUGCGAAAUCUCAAGGACGUCCCCCUGGCCGUCCAGCAGUCAAAUCUAAGACGACUAUCAGUAGUCGCAGCAAGAAAGCAACGCCAGAGCCGAUUACCGAAAAGCCAAAUGCGAGCACAGUGGACGAAGAUGGGUCCGGGCAGCAAACAGAUGCACCCAAGAAACGACCCGGCAGACCACGAAAGAACCAACCCGUGAAAGAAACCCCUUCCGGAAAGCCAGAAACUGCACCCAAACCCAGGGGUCGACCAAGAGCUGGAACACCCGCCAAGGCCUCGGCGACCCGUGAAACCGCAGCAUCCAGCAGGAGAACACGAGGCGUGACUGAAGUCACUGAGGAGAAAAGGCCGAAUCAGAUCACAAUUGCGACGAACUCUACUGCUAUGCGAUCCAAUUUGCUUCGUGGACCCGCCAAGAAGAAGACGGUCACGUUUCAAGACAUGUCUGAAUCCGAAGAGGAAGAGCCGAGUGCCCCUACGUCGCCGGCAGUUGGUCGCAAAAAGCCAGCUGCCAAGGUCGCCAGCACUGGAAAGACUGGUCUUAAGGCGACGCCAGUUCGGAAACCUGCGACAGCAGCCACACGAGGACGGAAGGCAGCUGGACCCAAGAAAGCCGCGACCAAGCCAUUGUCCCCCAAGAAGACCAAACAGAUGGGCAAUACCCUAUCAGCAUACACCAGCUCCGACGGAGAAGAUGACGAGUUGAAUACACUGAAGGACAUUGUCAAGAGUCCCGUCAGGCUUGUUGUGCAUUCACCUGUCAAGCACGGGCUGGAAACGACUGGACUUAGCUCCCCUGUACGGAAAAUUAACUUCACUCCCAAGAAGGCGUCCAGCUUUGUUGACGAAAAUGGCGAACCGAAACUACCAACCCCCAAACACGGAUCAGAAGGCACCAGCCUCAGCUCUCCAGUCCGACGAAUCAACUUUACGCCAAAUCGCAGCCAGAACACGGUGGCCGACAGUGGUCAUCUCCCUCUUCCGGCUGCAAAUGCCGUUGAUUUCACUGAUUCAGUGUUCAUGUGUAGCCCCGCUAGACGACCGCCGCCAACCUCGUCCCCAUUCAAAUUCUCCCUGCGAGAUAGUCAGAGAGGAGGCUCACUCUUCCGGGACUCAGCAAACGCGACUGCGGCACCCGACUUUGCCCCAUCUCAUACAUCUCCCCUCAAAAGCUCCCCAAAGAAAGGAAAUUUGGGUGCUUCUUUCUCGCAGUCACCGUUCAAAAGCUCCACUCCAGCAGUUCCAGCUCGGACUCCCUUGUUCCAAAGCCCAGCUAAGAGAAUAGCUUCUCCAUUGAAGAGCUCAAUAUUCUCUACUCGCGCCUCAGUAAUUCAGUCCCCCGCUACACCGGAACAAGGAACACCCUCGAAGCCAUUGGAAAUUGAGCGAACUACCCCCAAAUAUUCGCCGAGGGCUGAAGAACAGGAUCAGUCUGCCGUUGACAAGGACUCGGAGAUGGUCGAGGAUGUGGCUCGAGAUGUCUUUGGAAUUGAGCUCUCGUUUGAGAAUAGCCCCUCAGAAUCCCCUCUCCAAGCUGAUAAGCUCGAAUUUCAGGAGGCGGAAGAGGCAAAUCAGGACGAGAUCGAUCCUAUCUUUACCGACAUGGAGAUUGAAGAACAAGACUCAGUUCCUGAAGAGGCCGAGGAUGUCGAAGACGGUUUCAACUAUGAGUACGAAGAACCCGAAACAGUUUGCUUCGACGCCAUGGAGGAGGCGGAACUGGAAGCCGGUCACUUGUACGACCAAGACAUGGAACAAGACUCGGGCUAUGAACAUGCUGAAGAUCCACAAGCGCAUUCUGUGUAUGACUAUGAAGAGGUUGACACCAUUUGCUUUGAUGCCAUGGAAGAUGCAGAAAUGGAUGCCUAUGAAUCACGCAGCGAACAGGUCCAAGUCACAGAAAGUUCCCUAGACGACGAACAAUCUUUGGACAAACAGGAUUCAGUGCUGGAAGAUCAAACCGACGAGGGAGAAAUCGAAGACCUGAUUACUCCUGGAUCUCCAGAUUUAGUCUCCGAAUCAGCGCAAGCCCCAGAAAGACCAGUGCAAAACGGUUCUGACGAAGCUGCUUCGCAACUUGAACCAUCAUCUGAUUUGGGUUCCCUUGAGGAUGUUGAAGCUUUCGACGAACAAGAGGAACAUGAUGCGAGUAGCAUUAUCACCAAUUCCGAAGAAGAGCAACAACCCAUUGGCCAAGAGACUCAGACGGAGGAGACCGAGUACUCUCCUAUUCGACCUUUUGCAUUCGAUAUAUCCACACCCGAGCCCACGUCACCCUCCAUUGCCAGCGAAGAAAAUGAGUUUGGCAGCCCCCUGCAAAGGAUGUAUGCGACUCCCUCACCCGUGUCGAUGCCACAGAUCGGUUCAUUUACUCCACCGACCAUGGAUCGCCCGGACAACAUGGAGAAUGAUGACCCCACUCCUCGCGCAAGGAAUGCCAGUGCUGGCAUGCGCUUGGGCGAGAUAAGUGAGCCAUCUCCAAGCGUUCAGGUUGAUAGCCCUACGUUGAUGACACCCAGUCUCUUCAACACUCCAAGUGUUGUUGAUAAUCGGCAAUCGCCCCUCGACGCUGGCCUGGGCUUCACACCCCUAGCACAUAAGUUUGGCUGCUGGGAGACCAAUACACCAUCGCAAAGGAGGUCCCUGCGUCCUCGCCGUCGUGGAGUUUUCUCUCUAGUAGGACCAUUGGAUCGCACCAAGACAGAAACUCCCGUGCAGUCCAGUGCAGUCUCAUAUCCUGAUUUGUCUAACAGUCCGUUGGCAAAUACCCCUUCUUUGUUCGCAGAACUGCCCCUCCAGCCUCAAAGUGAAGGUACUAGCGUAAGCCCCGAGCAAGAUCAGACCCCACAGCCUUCUUCAAUCUAUGAAGAAGAUGCAUUGAUUCAAUCACCGAGCAAAGACACGGAGAUCUAUGAAGAUCCUAGUAUGGACAUUUUGGAGGACGACAAUCAGGAACAAACGACUGUGAAUGACCACACUGCUGCUGAACCCCAGUUCUAUGAGCAAGAAAAUCUUGACGAGGACAAGGAGAAUUGCGACUUUAACAUUCUUCCUGCCACCCCGAUGAAAACCAAGUCGGAAGAGAUGCGCACCGUCCAUACAGUGUCGAAGGUGCCUUUGAAAGCAGAAGGAGAAGUAUCACCUAUAAAAUUAUCACGGAAGAGAGGCCUGUCAAUGUCAAACAUGUCUCCCACUCGGUCAUCUCCCCGAGUGCGCAAGCCAACCUUCAUGCCACCGGAAGAAAACAUACCUGUUCUUUCUCCUGCUCGCAGGCAAUCGCGGGCAAACAGAAGUCCUUCACCAAAACGACGCCUAAGCACCGCUCGACGCAGCAGUGGGAAGUCCGCAGCCACGGCAUCACCAAGUGAACAUGCUGCAACUCAAAGCCCUGCCAAGAAAGCCCGCAGGAGCAUGAGCAGUAGCCCGCAAGCUCUGCAUGGUGCAGUUGUGCACGUCGAUGUCCACACCACCGAGGGUGAAGAUGCAUCUGGUAUCUUCGUCGAGCUAUUGCAGCAGAUGGGAGCUCGAUGCGUCAAGUCUUGGUCUUGGAACCCAGCAUCAAACCAUUCCGAUGUUGACGGCGCCGAAUCAAAAGAAUCGAGGGUUGGAAUCACACAUGUUGUGUACAAGGAUGGUGGCUUGCGGACGUUGGAGAAAGUGAAGAAAGCAAGAGGCCUCGUAAAGUGCGUUGGAGUCGGCUGGGUUCUUGAUUGUGAACGGGAAAAUCAAUGGCUCGACGAGACACCCUACGCUGUUGACAGCUCCAUUGUCCCGCGUGGAGGCGCUAAGCGCCGCAAAAGCAUGGAGCCUCGUGCGUUGAGCAAUGUCAACGGCACUCUCGUGCGUAUAUCCGAGUCUUCCGCUCCCUCCGCCAGUGGACGUCGCAGCGGUGUAGACCAGGGCGCUGUCGAUGGUUUCCGCAAGAUCACUCCCCCGACCCAUCAGCAAGAAGCCCCGUCAACCCCCACACAGCAGUCAAACCCUGCUGACUACGGAUUCCCCGCUACUCCUGGCUACAACUUUGCCAACCUUGACGCCAUUGCAAUCUUGCCCCCUAAGCAAAGCAACCGCGGAUUGUUCCCUGGUGCCAAGCCCUCGAGCAUCCUGGAAGAUGAGGAUGAUGAUGACCCCAGACGCAAGCAGCGUUUCCGCAUGGAAGCUGCUCGCCGUAAGAGUCUUGUUCACAAGCCUGCCGUUGCUAGCCCGCUUCGUCGGUGA